CUCAGAGGGGGAACACAACCCAUAAAUCAAUCAUUCAUAUUCACAAACAGCUUUCUGCUAUCCAACAUCACGGCAAAGCUCACACUGGUUUCUUUCUCUACAGGGACCCUAGCCCAGCACAGCCAUGUCUGAAGGACCGAAAAAAAACAAGUACUCAGCAACCCGCAGGCUACUACUGAAGACCAAACUAUUGAAAAAGGCAGACAGCUUGUUGGUGGAGGAGGCGCAGAGACAAAUCGAAGAGAGAGAAACCACCCUAAAAGAGAAAGCUCCGCCCCUCAAACUAUCCGGCCUAUCCGUACAAGAGCUCCAGGACCUGUGUAAGGAUCUGCACCAGAAGAUUGACGUUGUGGAUGAGGCUCGCUACGAUAUAGAAGUAAAGGUGGCCAAGAAUGACAAAGAGAUUGAGUCACUGAGCCAGAAGAUGUUUGAGCUCAAGGGACGUAAACGACCUAACCUUAAGAGGGUGAAGAAGUCAGCUGAUGCUGUACUGGGGGCUCUGACUGAAACCAAGUCCAUGAAAGCAGACUUCAAGGCAAAGCUGAAGACUGUGAAGAAAGAGGAGGAGAAGAAAGAGGAGACUGACUGGCGUAAGAACGUGGAAGCCUUGUCAGGGAUGGAGGGCAGGAAAAAGAUGUUUGCUGCACAGUAAGAAACACCAGACCAAGAAGAACCUGUUUGAGCGUGACUUGGGGACAUGGCCAGCAGCCACCCUAUCAUUCAUCUCUUGUAGGAGUUUACCAAAAUAAAACAUGCUGUGCUGUGAGGAUUAUGAAGUGUUUUAAAAUGCAGAGGAUGUGAGAGACUGACAGAACGAAGCAAAACUUUUUGUAACAAAAUGUCUGUGGGAGAAGUUGUGAUUUUUAUUUCGCUGAGAGUUUUCUGCUUAUUUUUGGUUGUGGAUAUUACAGUGGACUGACCAUGUGGAACAACCUAAUAUUGUACUUUCAACAUAUCAUUUGUGUAAAUACAUUUGAUUUAGUCUGACGCCAAGCAAUCGUUAUGUGAAGAAUCAAUAUGUGUGUGUGCCUGUGUCAUAGAUAUUUAUCAUUGAUUGUCUUUCAUUUGAUCCAUAAACAUGAUGUAACUAAGCAUUGUGUAAAAAAACAAUAAACUUCAUAGCCUCUGUA